AUGGCGAGGCCGGACUCCUCUAUAAAACAACGCUCGGCCGAGAGCGGGAUGACAUGCAGCAUGGACGCCGCGCCGGGAAUGAGCUCUAAGGACGGUCACGCCGCCGCCACCGACGUCGUGUACCUCCACGGCGUCCUCGAGGCGACGGUGUUCGAGGCCGACCACCUCCACAACGCCAUCCAUGGCCGCAUCAUCAAGGCGACGGAGAAGCUGGAGCAGUCCCUGGGCGUGCACAGCGUCCAGCACGGCAGUCUCUACGUGGACAUCGACGUCGGCGCCGCGCGGGUGGCGCGCACCCGUGAGGUGGAGUUCCACUCCACCAGCCCGACAUGGAACCAGUCCUUCCGCCUGCACUGCGCCUACCCCGCCGCCGCCAUCACCUUCACCGUCAAGAGCCAGCACCUCGUCGGCGCCAGCGUCCUCGGCCGCGCCUCCGUGCCCACGGCCAGCGUCGCGACGGGGCGUCCGCUCGAGCUCUGGCUCGACCUCCGCGGCGGCGAGCACCGCCACGAGACUCACACCCCGAGGCUCCGCGUCCGGCUCCGGUUCGCGGACGUCGAGCGCGACCCGUGCUGGGACGCCGGCGUACGGCUGCCCGGCUUCGAGGGGAUCACGCCGGCUUUCUUCCCUGAGCGCACCAACUGCAACGUCACGCUGUACCAGAACUCGCACCUGUCCGACGGGUUCGACCCGUCCGUCCGCCUCGCCGACGGUCGUCCUUACCGGCCGGCACGCCUGUGGGAGGACAUGUACGUCGCCAUACGCGACGCGCGGCACUUCGUGUACGUCGCCGGCUGGUCGGUGAACACGGCGAUCACGCUGGUGCGCGACGCCACCCGGAUGGUCCCCGGCGCCGAGGGCGUCACGCUGGGCGAGCUCCUGAAGCGCAAGGCCGACGAGGGGGUGGCCGUGUUGGUGAUGCCGUGGCAGGACAAGACGUCCGUCGCCUUCCUUGGCAACGCCGGGAUCAUGAAGACGCACGACGAGGAGACCCGGGCCUUCUUCCAUGGAACCAACGUGCGGUGCUUCCUCUGCCCCCGCGACGCCGAAGCCGCACUCACCUUGGUGCAGAGCAUCGAGAUCAGCACCGAGUUCACGCACCACCAGAAGACGGUCACCCUCGACGUUGCAACGAAGGGCUCCGCCGACGGCCGCCACGUCGUGAGCUUCAUCGGCGGCAUAGACCUCUGCGACGGCAGGUACGACGACGAGAACCACACGCUGUUCCAGAAACUAGACACCACGUACUCGCACGACUUCAUGCAGAACAACUUCAAGCACGCCUCGCUGCGCCACGGCGGGCCGAGGGAGCCGUGGCACGACGUGCACUGCAGGAUCGAGGGACCCGCGGCGUGGGACGUGCUCGCCAACUUCGAGCACCGGUGGAAGAAGCAAGCGCCGAGGAGGCUGCGCGGCUUCCUGCUCGACCUGAGCCCAGCGACGUUCCCGGAUCCCUGCAGCUUCAACGAUGGCGACGACACCGACGACUCGUGGAACGUGCAGGUGUUCCGGUCCAUCGACGACGCGUCCGUGGUUGGGUUCCCCACCGACCCGACCGAGGCCGCCGAGAGGGGGCUGACGAGCGGCAAGGACCUCACGAUCGACAAGAGCAUACAGAUCGGCUACGUGGAGGCCAUCCGCCGCGCGCGGCGGUUCAUCUACAUCGAGAACCAGUACUUCCUCGGCGGGUGCGCGUCAUGGGCGGAGGACCGGGACUCCGGCUGCCUGAACCUCGUGCCCGUCGAGAUCGCGCUCAAGGUCGCCGCCAAGAUCCGGCGCGGCGAGCGGUUCGCCGCCUACGUCGUGACGCCGAUGUGGCCUGAGGGGGAGCCGGCGAGCGACUCCAUCCAGGCCAUCGUGCGGUGGAACCGGCUGACCGUGGAGAUGAUGUACCGCAUCGUCAUGGAGGCGAUCGACGACGCCGGGCUCCGCGGCCAGGCGCACCCCUGCGACUACCUCAACUUCUUCUGCCUCGGGAACCGGGAGGCGCCGCGCCCCGGCGAGUACGUGCCACGGGUGAAGCCGGAGGAGGGCACGGACUACUGGCGCGCGCAGGCGAGCCGACGGUGCCCAAUUUACGUGCACGCCAAGCUCAUGAUCGUGGAUGACGAGUAUGUUAUCGUCGGCUCGGCGAACCUGAACGAGCGGUCGCUGGCCGGCAACCGGGACAGCGAGAUCGCGCAGGGGAGCUACCAGCCGGCGCACCUGAACGGGCCGGGUGGCACGCGCGCCCGGGGCCUCGUGCACGGCUUCCGGUUAUCGCUGUGGCACGAGCACCUCAUGGGCAACGUCGGCGAGGGCGCGUACCUGGAGCCCGAGAGCGUGGAGUGCGUGCACGCGGUGCGGCGGGCGGCGGAGGCGUUGUGGGACGCGUACACGAGGGACGGGGUGGAGGACCUGCGGGGCCACCUGCUGCCGUUCCCGAUCAGCGUGUCGGAGUUCGGGGAGGUGACCGACCUGCCGGCCGACGGCUGCUUCCCGGACACCAGGGCGCCGGUGAAGGGGAGGAAGUCAGCCACGCUCCCGGCCAUCCUAACCACUUGA